ACUAAAAACGAGGAGUGGAGUCAAAACAUAUUUUGCACAAGAAAAAUAUACACCAAAGUUGUAAAAUAUUAGUGUACUCGCAAUGGAUCCUAUGGAAGAAAAUGUUUUCUUAGAAGAGCAUAUGAAAUUAGCGUUCGGUGUUAUGAACGAUUUACGAAAAAGGAGAGAAUUAUGUGACAUCGUUCUUCGUGUCGAAGAACUCGAGAUCUAUGCUCAUAAGCUUGUCCUGGCCUCAUUCAGCCCAUACUUCUACGCAAUGUUUACAAAUGACGUCGUGGAAAGUCGCCAAAACAGUAUCACAUUGAAGUCGAUGGAUCCAAGAAGCGUUGAACUUUUGAUCGAAUUUGCUUACACAGCACAGAUUAAGAUUACUGAAGAAAAUGUACAAUAUUUGCUACCUGUGGCUUGUAUAUUACAAAUCUGUCCAGUCAAAAAGGCUUGUUGCGACUUUUUACAAUCACAGCUUGAUCCCUCGAACUGCAUUGGCAUUAAAGACUUCGCGGAGAUUUACGGUUGUGUUGAUUUAACCAAGGCAGCUGAAAAGUUUAUGUUUCGUCACUUUUUGCAAGUGUCAGAAAGCGAGGAGUUUGAAGACUUGUCCAGGGAGCGGUUGGUUGAUUUUAUUAGUCGUGAUGAACUUUUUGUCAAGUCGGAAGAUGAGGUUCUGGCAGCCCUGUUAAGAUGGGUUACACAUAAUAUCAAGGACAGAACAACAGAACUAAAGGAUCUCCUAAGUUAUAUACGAGUCCCUUUUGUUUCCACUUCGUACCUUAAGUCACUCAUCCAGUGUUGUGAACAAGGGUUGAGAUCAGAGUUCAAGCAAGUUUUGAUUGAUGCAUUUUCAGACACAAAGAGAGUGUCUACUCUCAGGACAAUUCAUAAGAGGCGCCCCCCUGGUCCAACUGUGAUGUUUUUUGCCGGGGGUUACCUGAGAAGAUCUCUUGACGUUCUGGAAUGUUUUGAUCCUUUGACUGUGAAGUGGACCAUUCUCUCUCCACUGUCUGUCCCUAAGAGUGGAUUAGGAGCUGCUUAUGUUGAUAACAUGCUGUUUAUUAUUGGUGGUCGCAAUAACACCUCAUCAGGGAACAUUGACACUGCCUCUGUAGAUAGAUAUGAUCCUCUCCGAGAUGAGUGGAGGCCAGUUAAACCCCUCAGUGUACCACGCAACAGGUUAGGCGUGGCAACCGUUGAUGGAUUUAUUUAUGCCAUUGGCGGUGGAAAUGGCAACACUUGUCAUACUUCAGUGGAAAAAUAUGACCCCAAGCAGGAUGAAUGGACAACUGUUAUGCCAUUGAACUUUCCCAGGAUAGGUGUUGCCGUUGCAGUGCUUGGUAGAAAGCUCUAUGCAGCAGGUGGUUUUGAUGGAAGAAACAGACUAAGAAGUGUUGAAUGCUAUGACGUGGAUACUGAUCUAUGGAAGCUGGUAUCUCCACUGGUUGAGCAUCGCAGUGGAGCUGGAGCUGCAUCAUUGAACAACUAUGUUUAUGCCAUUGGUGGAUACAAUGGUGAAACACAGCUAAACAGCGUAGAACGUUAUGAUCCAUCUUCUGAUAAAUGGACAGUUAUUUCCUCUCUGAUACACAGGAGAAGUGCUCUCAGUGCCACUGUCCUCUGUGGUAAACUUUACGUGGUCGGAGGUUAUGAUGGAGAAGGGUUUUUGAACACUCUUGAGGAGUACAUUCCCGAUGAAGAUCGUUGGAAGUUGGUUAGCAGUAUGAAUUUGGGAAGAAGUGGAGCUGGGAUUGCAGUGGGAUGGAAACCAGCCUUUAAUUGAUGACAGGACAACUUUAUUAGAUAGUACCAUAGGUACCAAAAAAUUCCAAAAGUAGCAACCCCCUGGAAGUAAAGUCAAAAAAUUGUGGCUGCUAAGUAGCAAUGCCCCGAAAGUAGUGACCCCACCUUCAGCCCCACCCCCCCCCCCCCACCUCAAACAAAGCCAGACCAACAUUCAAUGGUAUAUUUUUGUUUCCAAUCUUUUGAUGGUUAAGUGAGUGUAACAUACAGUAACUUGAUCAAGAUAGCUAAGACACUAGCUCUACAAUGUACAGCAAGCAUUGUGAAAUGUCAUUUUGUGCUUCAUCAGUUCAUGCUGAGCACUGCUAAGACAAAACCCAUAGUAGAGACUUCACCAAGUAACAGGAAUGCUUCGUCAAAUAAAAAUUGAAAACUCGACCAGCGCACCAAGUUAUUGAUAGAGCAGGCCAACAUAGCAGUGGGCCAUUAAGUAGGAACAGUUUACGGUAUCUGACUGCAAUGGGCGACAAAAGAAGUUGAGACAGUAGGCUAAACUGAGUGCUAAUUUCAAUAUUUCAGUUAUUCCAUUUCAAACUUGGUUUACUGGCAUAGAGAAGAGAACCUCCUCCCCCUUUCAAUGUUGCACAGGAAAGAGGAAAGUUUUAGGGAAAGGAAAUCCAACAUUGUCGUGGGGGGAGGGGUUGGUAAUUCAUCUAAAUAGCAGUGUCUCAAUGCUUUUGUCACCCAUUGUAGCUUUUCUGCUGACCACUUACAACAGUUCAGAUAUCAAGAGCCCACUCAUGUGGCAGCAACAUAAAUUUGAACUGGAACAAAGAAUUUCAUCUCAGGUUUCAAGAACUACAUUUACAAGUUUCCAUCUUUACGUUGUAAGCUCAGUCGCAGCAACUUUAUAUCAUAUUUUUUAUUCCCCAAAAGUAACAACCCCCUGAAAGUAUUACCCUCUUCCCCUCCCCCCCCCUCUUUCUCCAGGAGGGUGGGAAUAUGAGAGACCCUGGGAACAAUGUUGGAGGGAGGAAAGAUGAGAGACUAGGUGGGAACAAGUUUGGCCAUGUAGAGGGCACAUGUUCAUAGCCUUUUGUGUGCUUUGCAUGCCUAUGAUGGUAUUUAUUGAGAAAAAAUUCAAAUAGUCCUUAAACGAAGGACCAAGGGACUGGCAAAAUGUGCUUACUAUAAUGAGAUUUCCUUGUAUCGAGGUUCCUUUCCAUAUAUCUUACUGUUAAUAGGGUGAAGAAAAUUGUUCAUUAUAACGAGGACUUUGUUGUAUAGAGGUUUGUGAAAUCGAGGUUCAACAGAGAGAUAAUUUAUUGAAGCUUUAACAUGGCACCUCUAUAGCUGAAUUAGAUGAAACUUUACAAAAGAUGUCUAUAGCUAGUGGUGUGAAAUGCUUCUACAGUGUAGUAGUACAGUACAUGUACAGUAGCACACAGUGAGAGACAGAAAUCUGUAUAUAAACAAUACAUUUAAUAUAAACCAGAACAAAAAUUGGACUGGAUGUAAAUAAAGUAAAAUAUUUGCAGGUAAAUAAAACCAGACUGAAUAAACUGUAUUUGUGGUAUGCGCUAACAUAUUUAAAAUGCUGUUUAGUAAUAUCACACAUUGCCUGUGAGCUAUGCUCUAGUUUCUACUGCCAUUCAAACUGAUUAUUUAAUUCUUUCUCAUUACUGAUUGCCAUAUAUUUCUGUUGAUAUUAGAAUGAGAAUUUGGUGAGAUGUUAAACAAAUUCCAUUCAUCAGGGUUUCUUUUUUCAUCAUCAAAUAUACUGGUACUACUAGCCUCCUAUACAGACGUUCUUAUUGCUUGUCCCGCAUCACAAAUCAAAAGAAGUUUUUAUGUAGGAAGUAGCCUGUAUGCAUGCUCACGUUAGGGUAACAAAGAAGCAAAAGGCGCCACUUCACCAGACUUCUCCUGCUUGAUCACUUCACUCAUGGACUCGCUCUUUGCCGCUCACAUAUAUGACUCAAAGGUGAGCCUGUUUGCACACUGUGUAGGAAGUAACAUAGAGCAUCACUGACAAGUCGCAACAAGUUAUACACCAACAUGGUGGGCACAAUAGUAACUCUUUAUUUUCAGCAUGUACUGGCAUUAAAAUAAAAUGGCAAUUUUCAAUAAAAUAUAUACAUUAAAACAUUCUAUGAAAGCAAAAUAUAUUACAUGACUUUUACAGUAGUAUCAACUAGAUAUAAUACAAGUCGUCUUCUUAAAAACAAGUCUCCAGGCCAAGCUUUCUGUUCUUCAGGCAACAUAAUCCAAUUAUGGUCUUCAUUUAGAUCAGGGCCCAGUUGUUCAAAGGGUGGAUAACACUAUCCACUUGGCAAUUCACAUCCAGUAGAUAACUUACAACAAAACAGACUACACCAUCCACUAGAGAGUGUGAUAUCUAGUUCAAAGUGGGAUCCACCAUUUGCACCACAGGAGGCAAGGCAUUGUGUGUACCUCUUUCCACUUAACAUGUGUCAAUGUUAGCUUGGCUGUUUAGCAUAAGCCUGGCCACAAAAUUAGAUAAAUUUAAAUGUGCAGUUAAUUUUUGUUUUUUUCUAAAAAUCUUUUUCUUCCUAUCCUAUAGGAAAGGUUGCUAAUCCAGCUUCCAGUUUUAUGUCACAGGUUUUCUUUUAUUGCUGUAAACUUGGUUUACAAACAUGCAAAUUGCAGUGAAAAAAGCAACUGCCAGUUAAAAAUUAAAUUUCAAGGAUUAUAGUUCAUGAUGUUGAAAAGCACAGUUAUGUAAUAAAUAGGGCAUUAAUUUAGUCAUUCUAAUCUAAGAUUCUAGGUGAACAGACCUCCUUUAACUCUGUGAUGCCAAUGUAAAAGAACCCUAAAAAAAAAAAA